AUGAAGACUAGCAUCAUCAGUGCCAUCCCCAUCCUCUGCGCCGUGGCUGGUGCAAUGGCUACACCUGCUGCUCAAAACUCAUCCGACUCGAACCCCUUGCCUGAGACCACUGGGCUCACCGACGUGAACACGACUGUUCUCGACGCUAAGAUUGCUGAGCCUGACAUUUAUAACACUCCUGCACUGAGUGAAAAGCGAUGGAAUGAUCAGUUGAUUUAUUUCCCAGGCGGCUGGACCGAUUGCCACCCAUAUAUCUUUAGAUCAGACAACGCCCCCACGGAGGGCAUCACAGAGGGCAUCAAGCAACUCCGCGCGAAGGGUCCCCAUGCGCUGUGCGUCGCCAACUCCGGGAAACCAGGCCAUUACAACAAGAGAUCCCGCUGCGAGCGCGUGGCCUGCUCAGGCGACGCGGGCAUCUUUCUGUGCAACGACCUGGACGUCCAGAUCCGGCGCCCCUGUUCCGAGGUCGCCGACUAUGUCGAGAAUCUCGUCCAGAACUGCAGGCUUCAAGUCAACCCAGGGUGGGGCGGCGAGAUUGAUUACGUCCAUGGCCACAAGGCCGGUCCCACUGGCAGUGGUUUUCAGGUCAUGGUUAUGGAUGAUAGCUGCUAG